GAUUCUGCCUGUGACCUGCAGGUGGCGGUGCCGGCGGAGGGCAGACUUUCCCGCUGGCGUUUGUUUCCGUUAAGAGCUCGGUCGCCAGUUGGAUCUCAGCGGAAGGAGCGAUCGGAGUUGGACAGGACCGGAGAGAGGGAGAUAUUGACAGUAAGCAUUUCAGCUGAAGAUCAGAUCAUAAAACUCAAGUUGGAGCAAUGAGGUUAUCAGGUUCCAUAAAGUUUAUGGUAGCUGGUGUUGUGUUUUUGCUUGUGGGUUAUUUCACACUGCAAAUAUUUGAAAUCAAAAUAGAUACAAAUUUGGGAGCAAUACUUGCCAGAUCACAAGCUGAAGUAGAAGUAAAACCAACAAAGCCACCAAAGUACAAAUGUGGUCUUGCAAAGCCUUGCCCUGAGAAGCAUUUUGCAUUUAAAAUGGCAAGUGGAGCAGCAAAUGUUGUUGGACCCAAAAUCUGUGUUGAAGACAAAAUAAUAAUGAGUGGUGUUAAAAACAAUGUUGGUCGGGGAAUGAAUAUUGCUACAAUAGAUGGCAAACUUGGUAAUGUAUUGGAAACUAAAGUUUUUGACCUGUGGAGUGGAGAUGUAAAACCUUUCAUUGAUUUCCUGAAGUCCUUGCAGGAUGGAACAGUAGUGUUAAUGGCUACUUACGAUGAUAGUGCAACCAAACUUAAUGAUGAAGCACGGAAACUUGUAAGUGACUUAGGAAGUUCCUCCAUCUCAAAUCUGGCCUUCAGAGACAACUGGAUUUUUGUUGGUGCAAAAGGAAUUCAAUCAAAGAGUCCUUUUGAACAGCUCAUAAAGAAUAAUAAAAAUACAAACAAAUAUGAAGGCUGGCCAGAAGUUUUAGAAAUGGAAGGAUGUAUUCCCCAGAAAAAAGACUAAAAGCCAUCUACUCAACAGCAAAAAUGUUAUUUUGCAUUUAUGAUUUUCUUUGUUUUGUGUUGUCUAUUUCUCAAAGCCAAUUUUAUUCCAAAAUUACAGAUUUAAUUGGGAACUUAGUAUCUUCGCUCAGAAAUGGGAGAGUUAAGCUAUUUCUCUUAGUGCUUGGAGUUGGUCCAGUAAUGCUUUUGCUUAAAUUUUGUACAAAAAAGAAUCUGCUCAAUCUACUAGUAUCUGAAUCUGGCAUCUAUAUUUGAAUGAAGAAGUAAGUGUUCUUUCUUUGUAACAAAUAUUUUGUUCAGCUGGUUUUUCACAAGUCUGCUUGAAGUUUAAAAAUGGAUUCACUCUAGAAUUUGUUUCAGACAAAUUACAAUGAAUGGGAUUAAAAUUAAUCAGAAAUUUGCUGUCCAUCAUGUUUUCUUAAAGGAUGAAUUUCAAUAAUUCAUUGUGUUGCCGUUUGCUAGCCUGCAAAGAUACAAUGCAUCAUGGCAAACGAAAUAUUUUGUUGACAUUUCUUUGUACUUGAAAUUGUUCUUGGAAAUCCAAUGGGUUAAAACUGAAGUUUUGGGGCAGCAUUCAGAAAUGACUGUCAUCAACUGGUCAAUAGAAAUUACAAUAAUAACUUAUUGUUAUUAAAAUAGAUGAUCCACUAAUGCAUGCAAAAGAACCCAGGGCUCUAACCUCAAGUGUUGUUUUCUUUGUCUUUUCAUUGUAAUAAGUUCUGCUUAUACUUUUCUAAUUGAGUGAAUUUAGGUUGUGAUGCAAUGAAAGGUAAUGUUUGGCAUUAUUUAUUUAUUGAAUUUUUUUUGUUUUUUUUUAAAUAACCUUGUGGGAAUGGAAGCAAUUCAAAAAAAAAUUUUUGAUGCUGACCACCAAUACAGCAACUUUAUGUUGCUUCUACAAUGAAGUACAGCCUUUAUAAGUUAUACCUUGCCAUGUCAAGCAAAGCUCAUCAGUUUUAGUAGAGUGAUUGAUUGAUUGUCAAAAUUUUGUGUUUAGAAUUAACAUUUGACAUUCUUGGAGAACACUGGUCCAAAAGUCUGCAAGAGAUUUUGUCAUCUAACCAAAGGGGGAAAUGAUUCAUGCAGGAAAUGCCUUUUUUAAAACUCAUAUGCAGCAACAGAAAUAAUAAGUUGUCAAACAAAAAUGUGCAAAAAUCUAAAGACCUCAAGGUUCCAAUUUGAUUGUCAGUGUGUAAUAUAAAUUGAAAUGUAAGAAAAUGCACACUUAAUAGUAAUCCUUUGUGGAAGAAUUUUUGUUCAGAACCAAGAACUUUUGUUACAUGAAUAGUUCUCCAAGACCAUUUAUAGAAUUGGCUAUUGAGAAAAUCCUGUGCAGACAAAUUACAACAAAGGCCACUAUGCACUUUUGUAAUGAUGCAAACACAAGCUAUUCAAUGUAAAGUGUGAUUGCUUUUUUGCUUGAUUCUGUUUACUUUAAAAUAAAUCUCCAGCCCCGUGUACAAAAUGUUAGGUUCGUCACUUUCUCUUGUGAUUGCGAGCAAGCUACUGUUUAAUUGUGAAUAUUGAUGAAAUAAUUAGAAACCACCUCUCCAUACAGAAGGCAAAUGUAAAUAGAGGUAAAACAAAAUGUUCACUUGUGUUUUUUGGAAGGGGCAUGGAAUUUUCCACUCAUUUUCUAAAUCGCAAGUUUUCUGCUUUUACAAAUUGUAAAAGAUUAGAAAAAAUGUGUAAAAAUCUGGCCUUCUUUAUAUUGUAAUGAGUUUUAAAAACAACUCGAAUGGAAUUCAAAUUAAGAAUGUAAUAUAGAGAUAAAUAAAUUAAUUUGAAAUUUC